CAUAAGAGUACCUAUAUACAUACAUUCCGUGCAUGUCUAUGGAAACUCUUACAGUUCAUGAUAUGUUUUUGGUGCCAGACUCUUAAUCCAUUGCUUUUACUGUGCACACACUCAACAUUAUCCACCCCAAAACUUGUUGGCACCAUAUUCACACCUUCCCUGCGUCUUGUUCAGUGACGAUUCCUCGAUGGCGCCUUCCAUUCGAGGUUCUCGAGUCAGCAAACGGCAAGCACCACUGCGCAACUUCGCCAAAAUCUCCAAAGCCGUCAAGGAAGAGUUGACCGGCAAAGUUCUAUUAGAAGCAGAGGUCUCGAGUCACAGUGCCACCUCCCCCGACUCCGUCAAGUCCAGCGCGAAAAGAAAGCACCCUUAUGAGGACAAUCAGAGUGAUGCCGAGUCACCAUCGCAACGAGUAAAACAGGCGAAGAAGGCGAAAUUACAAUUGCCUACACCCCCCGACUCUCAGUUUGGCGACGACUCCUCCGCCGAGUGCCAACUUUCACCCACUCUCGAACUUUGCCAUUUAUCCCUCAAUGCCAACUCUGACCAACAUUCAAACCUGCCUCGAGAGCCUUGCGAGUCAUUGACCAGCCUCGCCGCCCUACACAAAUCAUUCCUUCGCGCUUUUACAAUUCAUAUUGCCCAUAACGGCACCUCUGCCCCAGCUGACUUGUCCACUCUCCUGGGCUCGGUCACAAGGCUAUGGAAGAGAUACGCAGUGACGACAGAGGACAUCCAGCGCAUGUUAGCCUUGUAUGAGCUCAGCGAUCGCCAAUCGACCACCCCUCGAACAUUCAAACAUAAAUCAGGUCCCUUCAAGUUGAUUCGGACGGGCCUUGGCGAUACUGUUCGACACACUCUUGAAUUUGUAGGAAAAGAGUACUCGAACAUAGCCGGUCGACCCUCUUUUGAUGAAAAUGAACUACAGCGGGAAUACGAAUCUGUCACUGGGACGCUCUGGGCUGCUCUAUGCGACCAAGACCAGAGCUGGGUGCACCAAGAUGUUCUCAACUUUCCGCGACUGGCCUUUGAAGUCGGUAGCCAGACACAGAUUCGAAAGGACAAGACCUCAGCCAUACGCUUGGAAUUACUUGGAUCAUCGGCCAAUGGUGAGCGUCGCAACAUAGCCGAGCUCCCCAAGAAGACCGGGGCCACCAGCGAACAGGAGAAAACGCCACAGGCACUCAAGGCCAGGACAAUGUCAUUGUUUGAUCGCGUUCGAGCCAAGCAAAUCGCUAACUCAGGCACUGCAACACCCAGCUCGGAAGCGAUCCUACGUCAACAUGCUAUCGGCCGUAUCGAUCAAGUGGUGGAAAUUAUCCGCAUGAAACAACAACAGAAAUUGGCUACAAGCUUUGUUUCAUCCCUGCACUCAAGUCCCGGGAAAGUUCGAGGCAAGGUGUCAUUCAGCAUGAACCAACUGGUAUAUGACAUUAAGAGCAGCCUGAGUGUGCCCAUUUGUGAGGAUGAGAUUAGAUUGUGCAUCAACAUUCUGUCCAAAGAUGUGCCGGGAUUCUGGUUGACAACAUUCAACAUGGGCAGUGUACAGACGGUUGUUCUCAAUGGCCCAGGACUGAGUGGAAUUGAAGUGCAGAAAAUCUUGUCAGAGGACUCGAUGGUGUGAUUAUAAACAGUCGCUACAUAGAUGAUUGG